CGCCGCACCGCCACCAACCACUUUUUCAAGAACUUCUUUGGAUAUCGACGAUCUUAAUCAAGAAAAUAAAGCGAUUAACGCAGCAAUGCCAGCUAAGGACUUUAUCCGUCCUUGUAUGGACUGCAGGGAUGCAGAAGCUGUCCUGGAUACCCGGAAGAGGCAGUACUGUGGGAACUGCUUCCAGCGUUUCGCUGCCCACAAAGUCUUUACACGCAUGUCCAAAUAUAAACAAAUGAAAAGGGGAACCGGUCAAAUACCCAAACUGCUGCUCCCACUCUCCCUCGGCGUCUCAUCAUCAGUUAUGCUGCAUAUUAUCAAUGGCGAUCUUGAACGUCAACUCGCCAAGACCUUUGUCAAUGUCGGUUUCGAACUCACUAUACUCGUCGUCGAUCCAUCAACUAUUCUUGCACCAGACUCCAAGUACAAUCAGGCUUAUGAGGCCGUCACCAAGGCUUUCCCGAAGCUUACAUUCAACAGACUGCCAUUCCACAGUGUCUUUGAGUACAUACCCGAUAUGAAGGAAAUCAUCCAAGAGUACGCCGGUUCAAGUUUCACCGAUGACGAGUCCCGGUCAAACGAGGAUCGUCUCACGGCAUUCCGUGCUUCCAUCUCCACCGCCACCUCCAAGGCCGACCUGGACUCAGUUUUGUUGACCAGGCUCGUUGUUGGAUACGCCAAGAGUGUUGGCUGUGAGACUGUGAUCUGGGGCGACUCAGACACCCGUCUUGCGGCGAAGACUCUCGCUGGGGUUGCCAAGGGUCGCGGUGCCUCGUUGACUUGGUCAGUUUCUGAUGGCAUGUCUCCUUGGGGUGUGGCCUUUGACUUCCCGCUUCGAGAUCUGUCCAAGCCUGAGCUUGAGCAGUUCAAGAGUGUUUGUGAAGAGCUUUCGGACAUCGUUGUACCCGAUGAGCCUAUUUCAGACAAUGUUCUGACUAAGAAUUUGUCGAUUGACGAGCUCAUGAUGCGCUACGUUCGGACACAGGGUGAGAAGUACCGUGGCGUUAUGGCGAACGUGUCGAGAACUGCCAAUAAACUUGAGUCUACCUCGGGAUCCGAUGAUGUUUUAUGCCCGUUGUGUGGAGGACAUGUUGGCAACGUCAAGGGCAAUUCUGGAGUUACGGUCGCCAAUAAAUCCAGCGACAAUUACAGCUCUAAGUUCUGCUACGGAUGCAUGAGGUCUCGUCCAGACUCCACUUGCUAAUUAAAUUACUACGGGUGAUGCGCUAUCAAAAAGAACCCGACCAAAACCAAACUGCUGCAGUCAUAACCUGAGUCUGUCCUCAACCCAGUCCGAAGGGGUAUCUGUCGUCAAUCGUGCUUUGGGGCGUAUCAAUCAUCUCCCUCGCUCCAAAUCAUCCUCACGCUGGCGCGAGCCUCCAAACCACCUGCUGGAGCGACGGCUAUCACGGGACUUCUUCGCGCGCGGAGGCCUCGCUGGUCCGCUAACUGCAUUAUCUGCAGGCCGGACUCCUGACAUCGCGUGCUCGCGAUAGCUAGGUGGCGAGCUCUCUACCACGCCGCUCUCCUGCUUGUCCCAUUCCUCUGGAAGGCUGUGGUCAAUGACCCGUUCUUCUUGUCUAUUCUCAAUGGCCGGAAGGUCAUGUCGUUGAGUCUGCUUCUUGAGUGUCUUGGCACCCUGCUCGCGGAGGUGCUUCUCAAGAAUGACGGCAUUUCUAGUGUUGCAUUUGUACACGGCAUCCGCGACAUCGCCGAUGAAGGGAACCAGGCCAAUGAAGAAGUCGACAAUCACGUUGAUUAGCAUCAUCAUUCGCAAACGCGGUGGAAGCCCCCCGUCGAUUCCUUCGCAUGUUCUCACGACCAUCAAGGCAAGGGCGGCGUCUGCGGCGUCUCCAAUGCUGUGCAAAGGGCAUUCCGUUAGUUCAGAUCAGUGAUAAAAGAGCAACUUCAGAUUCAAGACUCACAAGGGAACGAGACCAAUCACGCUACCCCAGCCAAAGCGGACUCCGCACAGGCUGAACAGAGCAUAGUCGAGUCGGUAUGCUCUGCGCUUGACCUGGGUGAGAACUUUGGCAUCUUUCUCUGAUAAACCGGGCGGUAUAGCCUUGCGACGCUUUUGAGUCUUCUUGCCAAAGGCUUUUCCGAGACGGGAUGCAGGGACUUCUUCAAAGUAAGGGUCCUAGGAAACCAGGCAUGGGGUUAGCUCGGUUGUUUUGGUGUGUGAUGGCCUAUUAGUCAACGAACGUACCUCAGUGCCAAAAUGAUUUCUCGCAGACUCAGCGAGAACCCUCUUGCCGACCAGAGACCAUAGAAUACCAGACAUUAUGCACGUAGUGUUUAUCAACUAGCUCUUGGAAGGACAGCGUGUAGCUCGAGGGUGCGAAGGGGGAGCUGAGUGACUUAUUAUGUGGCUUCCCAGAGUGAUAAAAAUAGAACGUUGGGUUUCCAAGUUUCUGCAAGAGCAUUAAAGAUUUCGAAGCAGGAGAUGACCGUAUCUUUCAAUGGAGCCAGCAAAGUAAGUCCUGAAGCGCCCGGGAAGACGAAACACAAAGUCAAGUGGGUGAGGGCGCGCUAUUAAAUUGCACAACGUCAUUUCCAAUUACAAUGGUAGCGCGCCAGAAAGCCUGG